CUGAUGGUUGCAGUGUGAGGUGGCAUGUUCCAUGUGUCCCUGCCCUCCUCACAGCCUGAUUAAAGCUCCUAUUGCAGCACGCCACUCAGUAUGGUGCUGCACUCCUGGAUCUAGCUACUACAGGCAAAUACAGUAGGGGGAGAACAGAAAGGCCUCUGUGUGUGUGCGCAUCAACAGCAUCAUGGACACAGAAUAUUCUAAGAGAGUGUACCAGGGCGUCCGAGUGAAGCACACGGUCAAAGACCUGCUGGCAGAGAAGAGGUCCCGGCAGACAAACGGACCCAGAUACAGCGGAGGAUCAACCACUCCGCCAUCAUUCGUCCAGAUGCCAGGUGCCCACAUGCUGCCCAGCUACUAUGGCAUAAGAGGACGUUCCUUCAUCUCUGACUCAGAUUUCUGCCCAUCCACCAAGCAGUUCUCCCCUGAUGUCUAUUCCUCCACCCUUGGGGGUAAGCCUCUAGGCUGUGAGCCCUCCACCAUGAGCAGCUACUCCUCGCUCAUAGACAGCUACUACCCAGAAACCUUUGGUGACUACCGCAGCGCCGCCACCUUCUCCAGCUCCGGCGGGUCCUUCCUGCCCUCGUCAGCACUGUCCUCCCUGCUGCCGCCCUUCGGAGGAGAGUCCUCGCAUCUGUUUCUGAGAGACUCGUGGGAGCAGUCUGAGCCAGUAUCUCAGGUGGAGGCUCUGUGUCAGGACAACCUGGCCUCCGUCAGCGUCCCACCGUCCAUGCCCAGCCCCGAACCUCCAGGGAGCCCCUCCCAGUACCGCUCUCCGAGCCGAAGCUCCUCCCUGGGCCCCGUCUCCAGCAGCCAGCCCUACACUCUGCACUCUCUGGAGGAUGUCCACUAUCACCCUUUAACCUCCACCAGCACUUACCCCACCACACCCUCCUCCUCCUCCUUCCCCUGCCCUCCCUACAUGAGCAGCCCCGUCACAGAUCUGGUGACCAAGAUGGUGACGGAGGAGGCGGCCGACGGCCACGGCAGCCUAACCCCCGGCGCCGAAGCUCAUUCCUCCUGGGCUAAGGAAGAGGGGGUGAGCGCCUGGUCGCCCUAUGAGAUUCGGAGGGCCUACUGACUGAAUUCAGAAGAUUCAGACGAUUUUACAGACACUGAUGAACUCAACACUCUGCUGUAAAUUCUUGAGGAGGUUUUUCCAAGAAAAUUUCAAUGUCAAUUUGCUAAAAAUAUUCAAAUUUUAAAGUGUCCCUGUUGUGCUCAUUCCCUGUACCCUUGCACUUUGUGCUCAGCUCUUCAUUUCACCCUCAGUUGGAAACACGCUGUGUUGGCUGCUGUCUCUGUGAGACCCUUCAAAAGCAUCUGGGUGUGAUGAAAGUGAGACAGUGCUGAAAUGCUCUAAACCGCGGAGUCGGAGCUGCUCGAUGAACAAUGUGGUAAAACCAUUUCUUAAUUACUCCAAGCAUCUGAGCAUAUCCGACAAUAUAUACAUCAAGAAAUAUGACUGUACCCUCGUAUCUGUUAACCAACACAUUUAUCUGUAAGACAGCAAAGCUUAGCCACAUCAACUGCACACUUUGCUGGCACUGAAGGGGAGAGGCUCAGGUGGCUGAGGGGAAUGCAAGGCUUCUCAUUUGAACUCGCUCCAGGUGUCACAUAGAUGAGCCACAGAAAAAAGAGUGAUGAGGUUCAUUUUGAAAACCACGUGAACAGAAAAGCCAGACAGGGGGCACACAGGGGCACUUUAACCAGUUGGUGGCCUCAUUCUGCCAAAGGUCCAGUCUGACUGUAGAAUAGCACGAUUUCUUUUUUUUACCACUAUUUCCCGUACGGUGUGGACGUGAUCACAAAGCAUAACUUAACUUAUAAGGCUGGAGUUAAAGAGCGUAUACCAAAGCAAGGAUAAUGGUUUGAGGGCGUAUAUUCUGAGGAUUUUGUUUUUUCAUAAUGUGUGAACAUGCUGCAUCUUAAUCAUUGUACCCUGAAGGUCCCUGUAACUUCAGGCUGUAACUGUUAUUAAACUGCAGGCUACUGCCAUUUGUACGACCCGGCUAAGUGUGGUGCUUGAAUGCAGAAGUUGUCUGGAUUUACUGGGAAUGAAGCAAUUGUGAUGCUUCCCUUCUGUUCAGGUUUAUUUAUAUAGCUUCAAAACACACUGACAGUCACCUUAAGACUCUUUAUACUGUAAGGUAAAUGCCCUACAGUAUUCUGGAGAAAGCCCAAACGACCCCCGUGAGCACUUUGGGGAGGAAGGGUAUGAGGGAAGGAUAAACAGCCUUUUAACAGGAAGAAAGGCUGAUGUGAGCAGAUGGGCGUGAGGGCAAAGAGAAAAGAAGAACGAGAGCAUAGGCAGACUGGGCCAAAGCUUAUGGACACAGAAGACUGAAAUGUGGGAUAUAAACAGGGAGACAGUGGCGUCAUCGCGGUGCAUCACAUGAAGUCCUUCGGCAGUUUGAGCCUAUAGCAACAUAAUUAAGCAAUGUUUCAGGGUCACCUGAUACCUUCGUCAAAAUGGAAAGUUUUGAUCCUAAAAUCCUAAAAGUAGAGAACAUGUCAGUCUCCAGCACAGCAGGAAAGGCGUCUGAGAGAGGAAAGCUCUGCCCCCCAUUCUGAGUGAGCAGCUCUCAGUCUGAAGGCACUAUGAAAAUAUAGGACUUUUGGAUGUGAUAGGGCCUCAUUAUUCAAGGCUUUGCAGGAUUUUAAGAAGGAUUUUUAAAUUCCCGGUACUCUCACUGCAGCACCUGAACCAACUGAAGGCAACUUUCAGAACAACCUGAUGUUAAUGACUUAGUAGUCCAGCCUAGAAAUAAUGCAUGCAUGAACUAGUGUUUUAGCAUCUGUCUUUUUACAGAUAAUAGCAAUCCUGCAUAUUUGUUCAGAGCCCUCGAAGGACAUGAUCUGAAAGUUCCUCACAGUGUUGCUGGACAUCAAGGUAAUGCCAUCCAGAGUCUAGUUCUAAGAUCUUUAGGGCCACAGAAAAUAACCUCAUUGUUUUUUGGAUACAGCACAAGGAAACUGUAGAACUUUGUGUCUCAAAGUCACGGCUGCAGUAUGAAUAACUGAUAUGUGUCAACUGGCUUCAGGUAGGUGUUUGUUGAGUGGGGGCAUUCCUACUAUUCAAUGUUAUUUCAGGAUAUAAUACUAUAAAUCUUUU